AUGUUCAUGAUAAAGUCUCUUGGAAAACUUAUUUGUGGUGAUCCAGAUAAUCCUGAACUUAAUCAAAUAAGUAAUGGUGAGCUUUAUCUUGUCAGGCCAAAUAGUCCAAAAGGCAAUAGAGAAUGCAUCUUUCGGGAAGCACAAGCCAUUAUAAGGCGCACGGGCAAUGAAUGGCAAUAUCAACUUGUUGUCGACAGAAUUUUUGAGGAAGGUGAAGAAGAACUGAUAUCAGAAGGUGAAUCCGACGAGGAAAGUCAAGGAAAGGUUUUCCUUAUUGAUGAAUCUCUCGAAUUUCGUAAAGGUCAAAUCGAGGGAUUGACCACGUUUGCACGGAGAGAUUUAACGGGUGAUCCAGACGAUUUGUUCGAAUUUGUUUGCGAAGUGAAUACUACAGCACAUACAACCAAUGCUUUCGAAUAUACCUUACAGCUGCAUGUUCGAGCGAAAUACAGAAAAUCACGUGAAGAGGCGAACGAACAAGAUCUUCAAAGUUUCAUUUACGUACCGCAAACUGAGAAAAGAAGCCCUUCGAAAGUUCCACAAUCCAUAUCUACACCUUUAAAUGACACGCCGGUAUCAGCUAGCACGACUCCGGUUAGGUCUAUUCGGUCUGAAACUUCCCCAUCCACCCCUACAAGACAAAUUGCGUCCUUUGAUUUUCCCGAUGCUCCUUCUGAAAUUGAAAGCAUUAUAUCAGUACCGGUUGAAUUACACGUAUUUGAUGCUAAUGAUGGAACAUUUUUGUUAAUGUCGCAAAAUGCCACUGCCGGUAUAAUGAAAGGAAAAAAAUUUGAGGGACAAUUUCUGUUUCACACUAGUACGCAUAUAUGCUUUAUAUGGUGUUAUUCUGAUGGUAAAUUCUUAAUCGAUGAGUCCGAUGGAAUUUCUUCCUUUUUGAUUCGCCUCCGAGAUUUAGAGGGUGAAGCAAAUUUCAAGAAAAAAUUUGCCCAAGCAAUGUAUGAAACUUUAAAUGAAGUUAGGGCAAAGGAAGAACAAGAAUCUUUUAUGAAUGCUUAUCAAGAAGAUGUCGAAAUGACUGAUGCUGAAUCAACCGACAAAGAAGACACGGAGGAAGUUCAUAUAAUUGCUUAA